GGAGAACCUGUCUCUCUCGGGCCGCUUCCUCAGCGGUGUGUGCGGUGAGACGCCCUCUGACGUGUCCUUCCGCCCCCGCCCCCCGGCCCCGUCCUGGGAAAGAGAAGCGAGCGGAGCACUAGGAGCGGAAGGUGGCUCCGGGAAGUAGGGGGUGCGGCGUGACGGGACUGGACGCUGGAGCGGGGGGACAUGUCGCUGUGGGGGCACACGCUGCAGGCCUCGCCGCCGGCGCCCUCCCCGGCGCCCCCCGCCCCCGCGUGCCCGUCCCCAGGGGCUGUCACCAUUAACCGGCUGCGAGAGCCUGCGCUGCGGGGCCUCAGCGAUGCCCUGGACCGAGCCGCGGAGGGCAGGGGCUGGAAGAAGCUGGCGGAGCUCGCGGGGAGCCGCGGGCGCUACAGGCUCAGUUGUCUGGACUUAGAGCAAUGUUCUCUUAAAGUGUUGGAACCAGAAGGAAGCCCUAGUCGAUGUUUACUGAAGCUACUGGGUGAAAAAGGCUGCACGGUCACGGAAUUGAGUGAGUUGCUUCAGGCCAUGGAACAUACUGAAGUUCUCCAACUUCUGGGUCCUCCAGGAAUAAAGAUUAUUGUAAAUCCAGUCUCAAAGGCUAUAUUAGCAGGACAAUACGUCAAGCUUUGUUGCCGGGCAACUGGACAUCCUUUUGUGCAGUAUCAGUGGUUCAAAAUGAAAAAAGAGAUUCCACAUGGGAAUUCACCAGAGCUUAUUUUUAAUCCAGUGCUUGUAAAGGAUUCUGGUUUUUAUGUUUGUCGAGUAAAUAAUAAUUCUGCCUUUGAAUUCAGCCAGUGGGCACAGCUGGAUGUUUGUGAAGUCUCUGAAGGUUCUUGUAAAAGUUUGGAUGGCUCCUCUGAAACCAAACUACAAAUCUGUAUUGAACCAAAACCCCAAAAGUUGAGACCAGGCAGCACAUUGGUUCUACAGUGUGUGGCUAUUGGAAGCCCUAUUCCUCAUUAUCAGUGGUUCAGAAAUGGAUUUCCAAUAACACAUGAGACAAAAAAGUUAUAUAUGGUGCCUUAUGUCGAUUUGGAGCAUCAGGGAACCUAUUGGUGUCAUGUAUAUAAUGACCAUGACAAUCAAGACAGCAAGAAAGUAGAAAUCAUCGUAGGAAGAACAGAUGAGGCAGUGGAAUGCACUGAAGAUGAAUUAAAUAAUCUUGGGCAUCCUGGCAUUAAAGAUGAAUCAACUGAUCGGCCUUUUGCAAAAGACAAAGUAGCCCUUUUGAUUGGGAAUAUGAAUUAUUGGAAUCAUCCUAAACUUAAGGCUCCCUUGGUGGAUGUCUAUGAAUUGACCAACUUGUUAAGACAGCUAGAUUUCAAGGUGGUUUCAUUAUUGGACCUUACUGAAUAUGAGAUGCGCAAUGCUGUGGAUGAAUUUCUAUUACUUCUGGACCAAGGAGUAUAUGGCUUAUUAUAUUAUGCGGGACAUGGCUAUGAAAACUAUGGGAACAGUUUUAUGGUUCCUGUGGAUGCUCCAAAUCCAUAUAGGUCUGCAAAUUGCCUGUGUGUGCAAAGUAUACUUAAAUUGAUGCAAGAAAAAGAGACCGGACUCAAUGUGUUCUUGUUGGAUAUGUGUCGGAAAAGAAAUGAUUAUGAUGACACCAUUCCAAUCUUGGAUGCCCUGAGAGUCACUGCUAAUAUUGUUUUUGGAUAUGCAACAUGCCAAGGAGCAGAAGCUUUUGAAAUCCAGCAUUCUGGAUUAGCAAAUGGGAUCUUCAUGAAGUUCUUAAAAGAUCGGUUGUUAGAAGACAAGAAAAUUACUGUCUUACUGGAUGAAGUUGCAGAAGAUAUGGGAAAAUGUCACCUAACCAAAGGCAAGCAGGCCUUAGAGAUUCGAAGCAGUUUAUCUGAAAAGAGGGCACUUACUGAUCCCAUACAACAAACAUUAUGUUCUCCAGAAUCCUUGGUGCGAAAUUUGCAAUGGGCCAAGGCACAUGAACUUCCAGAAAGUAUGUGUCUUGAUUUUAAAUCUGGUGUUCAGAUUCAGCUAGGAUUUGCAGCUGAGUUUUCCAAUGUCAUGAUAAUCUAUACAAGAAUAGUUUACAAACCACCUGAAAUAAUGAUGUGUGAAGCCUAUGUUACAGAUUUCCCAUUUGAUCUAGAUGUUGAUCCAAAAGAUGCAAAUAAAGGAACCCCUGAAGAGACUGGCAGCUAUUUAGUAUCCAAGGAUCUUCCCAAGCAUUGCCUCUACACUCGACUCAGUUCACUGCAGAAGUUAAAGGAACACCUAAUCUUCACUGUAUGUUUAUCCUAUGAAUAUCCAGGAAUGGAAGAUACUAUAGAAGAAAGACAGGAAGUGAAUGUUGGCAAACCUCUCAUUGCUAAAUUAGACAUCCAUCGAGGACUACGAAGGAAGAGUUGCUUUCAGGCUUGUUUCAUGCCAAAUAGUCCUUGCCAGAACCCUAACCCCACCUCAGUGGCAGCUGAACAUUAUCAUUCUUCUCCAGAUUCAUUCCAUAUUGUUUACAAUUCAGAUCCUAACUCAGGUAGUUGUCAUUGCAACCAGACUGCAGAUACACUUAUUUCAAGUCAUGGUAACCAGAAUUAUUCAUCCCCAUUCAUUAGGAGUAAUGUACCUGUAGAAACAACGGAUGAACUGCCAUUCACUUUUUCAGAUCAGCUCACGUUUUCUGAAAAGUAACCAUGUUAGUCUGUGAAAAUAGCAUUACUCCUAGAUUCCUGAUUCUCAGAAUUACUUGGGUGUGCACUUCUAUUUUAAAGAAAAGGUGCUAUGAGGGCAAGCUAAGUCUCCCAGAAAACUCAGGAUUGUCCUCUUUGAAAUGUAAAUUUUGUAUAGUUAAUUGCAAAUGUCCUUUUCCUUCGCUUUAAAGUUUUUAAAUAAGUUAGUUUGCACUAUGUACAUACAGAAAUAUAGUGUAUAUAGGGAGAAAUAAAAAUGCAUUAAAUUAUGAACAUUCCAAAGUAGGAAUAAUUGAAAUGGAAGUUUUAAACUGAGGCAAGUGUCCUGUAGAUAUUAUUUUUAGAACAUCCUCUCUUAUUUGGAGAUAUAUUUAUCUGUGAUCUGUAUUUCAGCAUGUCUAUAGAAAUACAUUUAUUUUGAUUAUCCUGUGAUUUCAAGACUUUGUCAAAAUUGCUAAUGAAUGAAGAAUUUUAUAUACACAUCCUUUAUAGAAAAGUCUAAAAUCUCUAGUCUUUUAGAUAGUCUUGUUUUUUAAAAAAUGUUGGAGAAUACCAAAACUUCACAGGUAGAGAAUCAUAUGAUUUGGGUCAUCAUAGUAGCAAUCUAUAAAUAAUCUAACCAUUUAAAGUGCCCACCCAACAAGAUGUGCUUUCUUAACUAAUCCAUCUAGUCUCAUGUUAGUACUCUUAACUGACUUACACAUUUUCGAGACUAAUCAGUCAACAGUCAUUUAUUAAGCACCUAUCACUCGAUGCAAUAGACAGGUUUGUUCCUUCAAAUAAGUUAACAAUGUUCUUAGAAAGUGUCCCAGUUCUAACACUGGGGAAUAUACCUGUGUAAGGU